GAUCAGAAAAUGAUUCAGAGAACUUUUAUGAAUUGACAGGCGUCUAAAUAGCUGGUUUGAAUGCAUGCAUAUAACAUAGUUGAAAAUGCGUAUGAAUUUAUUUGAUUCUUCUGAUAUUCCCGCUAAGUGAAGUGUAGAAUAAAAGCAUUAAGUAUGAUAAGACCAUGCUGCCAUCCGACUAAGUUUUCCCCACAGUAGCCUUACAUUCAACAAAACACGUGUGUUGACGUUUGAAAACUAAUUGUGUGUGCUAAGGAAACGUGGAAAAAAUGAGUGACGACGACCAAGUCGUCCUUACUUUGGGUGGGUAGACAGCAUAAUGCGAAAACAACUUCACUGUGGAAACAAAAAGGACAAAAACUUGGAUAGAUCGGACUUCAGCCGACUGUCACCAAGUUUUGGUAAGUGUUUACACGGAGAAUGACAGUCCUGCUAAAGGACUAAGUCGCGUUAUGAUGAACAAAAAACUUAGAUCACCGAAUCAAGUUGGUGAAACGAACACAAUGGACUCGUUUCAAGAUGGUGGCCAACAAAACAUGAACUCGACACAAGGCGAUUUCAUGGAUGGUUCUCAUAUGAAUGCAGAUAUGAACAAUUAUCCCCCAUCUUCGAUAGGUAUGGAAGGUUAUGGUAGAAUGAAUCAAAACGUUCAUCCUAGUCAAAUGCAGGGCUACAGCCCUUAUAAUCGUGAAAAUUUUAACCCUGGUGAACAACAUGGCGGAGCGACAGGAAGUUCGGAUUAUAUGAAUCAAAACGCAAACUUUCAGGGACAGUACCCUAGACAAGGCAUGCCCAUGGGUAUGAAGCCUGGGAUGAGGGCGGGCAUGGGUAAUCCAGGGGCCCCAAUGAUGCCCCCAUAUCAACAACGUAUGUCGGGGCAAAGUAUAUCACAACAAAGUGGCCCCACUCCUACUCUCAAUCAACUUUUACAGACUCAGUCUACAUCCAGCACGUCGCAACGAAUGCAGCCCAACAACUAUGGUGAAUAUCCUCAGAAAGGAAUGAAUGACAUGAGUAAUCCAUCAGCUUACAGCAUGCAGCAGCCCUGGGGAGGUCAUCAGAGACCCAUGGGGUACCACCCCGGUUCCAUGAACAGUCCAGGGCCGGGGUUCAGAGGACAGAACAUGUCUGAUAUAAACCAACCACGAGGUGGUUACUCCCCUUCCAAUUACCAAAUGCCACCACAAAGUCAGUAUGGUGCGGGGCAAUAUUCCCCCAAUUCCCGUUAUGGUAGUAUGGGUGCACCUACCCGGCCAGGCCAAGCCAACAUACCAAAUGCAGGAUUUGGCCAUUCAAAUCCGCAGAUGUCAUCUGGGCAGCCUCCAGGACUGACCCCACCCCCUCCAGGUGGAAUCACCUCCCCCAUGCCUAACGAUUCUCCCCAUCAUCGUCAAGCUUCACCCUCACCUCUACGACGUCAGCCAACACCAACUUCACGAUCUUCAUCCCCACAAAACACACCUGGCGGAGCUCAGCAACAGCAGCAACCCAGUCCAUCUGGAAGUUCGUCUAGUUGGAAUGGAAAUAAAAAGAAUGCUGAAGAUGGUGAUAUGGAUCUCUCAGGCUGUGAUGAUGUAACAUCAUGUGACAAUAACUCCCAGGGAUUACCUACCUCAAACUCGCCACAUCCCUCCAUUUCAUCACUGAGGCCUAUCCCCUCUCCAGUAGGAUCAUCAGGCUCAAGAUCAAACACUCCCGCUUCACUGCCAGGGAAUCAGGCAGGCAGUCCUAUGCCCCCUCGCCCUCCCUCACAACAUGAGAGUAAUCCAACAUCUAGGAUGACCCAGUCACCCAUGGCUACUAGUUAUAAUCAACAAAUGAUGCCCCCUCCCAUGGGUCCAAAUCAAGUGAAUUAUGGGCCAGGCAUGGGCAAGAUGCCAGGGAACAUGCCUGGACCAAUGAAUCAGGGGUUCUCCCAAUAUAAUUCCCAUUAUCCACAAGGUAACUAUUCAAGUCGACCAGGAAUGCCCCCUGGUGGUGCAGUGAUGCAAAAUUACCCCAUGUACAAUGGUCCCACCCCAGGAGCACCUAGUGCAGGUGCCCCAAAUAUGUACAAUAAUAUGCCUGUGAACAGAAAUUCAAGUUACAAUCCAUAUGGAGGACAGAAUAAUAUGAUGAGUGGUAUGAAUAAUUAUAACGCUGGAAUGCCUGAAAUGGCAAAUGGACCAAGACCUCCGACCCCUGGAACGCCAGGGUCAGGGGGAUCCUCCUCCAAAAGUGCUAAGGCCGCAGCACAAGCUGCAUUGAUGGCAGCAGCAAAUCAGCAAAGGUCACAACAGCCGAGUGGUCGCUCAAACAUACCUCCACCCUCCCAGAUGAUGUAUGGACAGGGUGGACCCCACCCGGGUUAUCCGGGAGGGAUGACAAACUCUCAUUCUCCAGUGCCUAAUUCUCUAGGACCCAAUUCUAAUAUGCCAAAUUCUAGUAGUGCACCCAAUAUGGCAGACUCUUCUACCCAUAAUUCCCUGCCUCCUUCUCAGGAGAGUAGUAAUCCUCAAUCAAAUGGCCCGCCAUCAAAUUCCUUCGGAUCCCCGUCAUCUGUGUCAUCAACCAAUGAAAAAAUGCCUUCACAACAAAACAUCCCUCCAUCUAAAAAGCAAAAUAUGCAACGAGACUCCAGUAUAUCAUCCGGCUCAAAUGACAAUGUGACAUCAUCAUCAGAAAUGACUGCUAAUAAUAAUAAUGACAGUAGUGUACCGCCUCAGUCUGGAUCCAUGGACUCUAAAGAACCACAGUCAGGGACUCCUCCCAAUCAGGGGCUACCCUCAGAGAGUUUGGGGGCUGACAGCAAUAUGUCCUCUCUGACGGACACUUCGUCCCAAGGAGGGGACAUGUCUUGUCAUGAGCAGAAGGAUGUAGAGAUGCCUAGCAUACCUGACCAGAGUAACUUGCCACCUAAUGCAAUGAAGCAGGAAUUACCCAUCACAACUACAGCAACUACAAAUGCCAUGGACAAAAACAUAGUGACCCAGGUGAACACUUGUCCGGUGAUGAGCACCACAGCAGAAGUGUCCAGCGACGGACACCCCCACAUUCCGGCCAUACCCCAGCAACAACAGCCUGCACCACCCAACCCAAUGCCCCCACUAGAGGAAGUAGUCCCAGACAAAAAAAAGAAAAAGGGAGGAGAUGUGAACAAAUUGUAUGAAAUGGGCAAUGAACCAGAACGCCGGUAUUUCCUGAAUCGACUGUUGAGCUUUCUGGAGGAGAGAAAUGCUCCACUUAACAACAUGCCUUCUAUAAGUAAACAGCCCUUGGACCUAUAUCGGCUUUAUCUACAUGUCCAAGAGAAGGGUGGAAUGCUUGAGGUUACAAAAGCAAAAAAGUGGAAAGAAAUCUGUGGUCUUAUAAAUAUUGGUAGUUCUGCCAGUGCUGCAUUUACACUUAAGAAGAACUACAUCAAAUACCUCUUUCAUUAUGAGUGCCAGUUUGAGCGUGGUGGGAUGGAUCCUGGACCUAUCCUUGCCAGCAUGGAGGCUCAGCUGGCUCAGAAACGCGAGUCCAAGAAAAGUCGAGCACCCUCACCGGGUAAGAAGGAUAAAGCUGGAUCUCAAGGUUCCCAAGAUGCAUUUAGACCACCAAGUAAUUCCAAUGCUAAUCAGGGAAUGGAGGGAUUCCCAGGAAAUAUGCCUAAUCAAGGCUUUGACCCCAACAUGGGUCCCAUGGGUAUGCCAGGGAUGAUGCCUGGACAGGGACAAAUGAUGAACAACAUGAUGCCACCCAGUUCUAUGGGUGGAAUGGGCCAUAAUCAAAUGAUGCACCCAGGAAUGAUGGGUGGUAACUACAGCAUGAGACCAGGCAUGAUGAAUCCUAACAUGAUGCCUCAUAAUAACAUGAUGGGCAUGCCUCCAAGUGGCAACAUGGGCAUGUCCCAGAACAAUAUGGGCAUGCCUGGCAAUAAUAUGGGUAUACAAGGAGGUGGUAUGAGGAUGUCACAUGGAAACAACAUGGCCAUGCCCAACAGCAGCAUGGGAGGCAUGCAUUCUGGGAACAACAUGCCUAUGCCACCACAAAAUAAUAUGGGCAUGGGGCAUGGCAAUUCUAUGGGAAUGCCUCCAGGGAACAACAUGGCUAUGCCACCACAAAAUAAUAUGGGCAUGAGACCUGGAAGUAACAUGGGAAUGCAGCCAUCUGGAAAUCACAUGCCCAUGCCUUCAUCAACAGGGAAUAUGCCUCCUUCGUCAACAAAUCAAGUAGCACCACCUGUGAAUGGUGAUAGCAUUAGCUGUCAGGACCCAUUUGCAGAUGAUCUAAAUAAUAGUGGUUUUAUGAAUUCAAACCAACCAAAUUCUCAAGGAUCAAAUUAUUCUGGCAUGCCACCCCAUAGUAGUGCUGGAAACUUCAAUAAUAACAGCACCAAUUUCAAUAAACCAAAUAUCCCUCCCAGCAGUAUGGCUCAAAAUGUCCCUUCAAGCACUAUGGGACAAACUCCAGCACCCAGUAUACCAUCUCAAAAUAGCAUGGGACCUAACAUGAUGCCAAGCAUAGGACCCGGUGCUCCCCCAUCUGGCACAAUGAUGCCAGGUUCUGGAACAUCAAAUGUACCAAUGAACAGUAUGGGACAACCUAUGACCCCUAGCAGUAUGUCACAGUCUAUGCCUCCAAGUAGUUCAGGGCAGUCAUUGCCUCCUACCAGCAUGGGUCAAUCAAUGCCACCAAGUAGCACAAUGCAAUCCAUGCCCCCUAGCAGCAUGGGUCAGCAGGUUUCCCCCAACAGUGUCAGUCAGUCUUUGCCUCCAAACAGUAUGGGACAGUCGGCUCCUGUCAGCUCUAUGGAUCAAUCUAUGGCAACCACAAGUGUUCCUCAGAACAGCGUUUUACCUAGUGUUAUGACUCAGAACAAUAUGUCUCAAAAUCUUCCAGCAAGUAUAUCACAGAGCCUGCCAUCAAGUUCUGUGUCACAGACAUUUAAUAAUAUGAACCAGUGUGGCCCGUCUAGUAGCAUGGGCCAGAAUAUGCCUCCUAUCUCUUCUUCACAAAUUUUUCAGCCAAAUAUGGAGAACUCAAUGCCAAACUUGUCACAGGAUUCCUCCAUACCAUUUUCCAAUUAUCAGUCCAAUAACUCGCAAGAUGGUGACCUUUCCCAGGGCUCCACAUCCAACAUGAGCACACAUUCAAUGUCCUCUGGGCGGAAUUUUCCAUUUGGUGAAAAUCAGUUCAAUAAGCCAGAAAGGUUUGAUUCUCCAAACCCUGUGCAAUCUGUCACGCCCACACCAACCCCUCCCCCUCAACGCCAGCCUACACCACAGUCAUCCACUCCAUUACAGCAACCACCACAACCGCCACAAGAUGCCACAUUUCCACCAAACAGAUAUGGAAAUCAGCCUCCUUCUGUGAUGCCCCAGGGUACACAGCCACAUGUAGGUGGUCCCCCUCAUGAUCCAUAUCAUCAGAACUUCCCUCAUCAGCAAGGAUAUUCCACCCCCAACAAAAUGAUGACAGGGCCCCAGGACCAGUAUGGAGGUUAUCCCUCUCAGUAUCAGAAUUAUCCUGGCCAGAGACCAGCCAUGAGGAAUGAUAUGAAUAUGGGAAUGUAUGGCACUCCUAAUAAACGGUUUCCAGACCAAUACCCUAACCAAGCUGGCUAUAACUCGCAGCCACCUCCUUCCUCAGGGUACGCCUCCCUGCCUUGUAACACACAGUCCUCUGCUUAUAACUCCUCAGGGAUGAUGGGCUAUAACGCCCCACCAUCAUCGUACACUGAUGGGUCCCAUCAAAGUUCUUAUUAUAAUAACCAGCCUUCAUCGUAUGGAGACGGUUCUUAUCACAGGGACGGUAUGGGCUAUGAUUCACAGGAUUCUAGACCCAAUAAUCAGUGGUCACCAAUGCCAAGGUAUAGCCAUGGCCACCAUAACAUGGGAAUGAGCCCCGCCCCCAAUAUACCACCCCACAUGGCACCAUUCAACAGGACCCACAGGAUGUCUCCUACCCCUAGUCACAAAGCAGGACCCUACAUGUCACCUCCCAAAAUGAAGAUGCCCCCAAAUCAAAUUCCUAAGAAGGAAAUUCCAUUCCCGCAUGACAGUGUAGAGGCGACAACACCUAAUUACUUCAAAAGGCGACGUUUGACACGAUCUGAUGUUGGUCCAAUAGAGGCAUGGAGGGUGAUGAUGGGACUGAAGUCUGGCUUGUUAGCCGAGAGCACCUGGGCUUUAGAUACGCUUAACAUUCUACUAUAUGAUGAUGCCACUGUACAGUACUUCAAUCUAGCUCAUCUGCCGGGAAUGCUAGAAAUUCUGUUAGAACACUUUAGGAAAUCUCUGAUCUCAAUCUUUGGUGAUAUGUUUGAAGAAAUGGAAAAAAUGUCGGAUGAAGCUGAUGAAAUUCCCAAUAAAAGCAUGCUCAAUGUCGACAUGGAGGAAAAAGUGACAGUCAAGGAUGAGGACUUUACAAAUUAUACGUUGGUUUCUAGGAAAGGAUUGGAAGUGAAAAUGGAAGACACAAACAGCAAAGACAUAAGUCCACUAGACAAUAAAGAGUGGGACAUCUACUCGGGAUACAGCUAUAAGUAUGGGCAUUGGCAAUUAGGAGGAGGUGAUCUAAGUUCACAUAUUGUGCCAUGUUUUGGAAGUUCAUAUGAGAGUGAAGUGUUCAGGAAGAUGUUUUUCAGACCACCAAUGGAAGUGAAGGAAGAAAUAAAAAUUACAGAGGAGGAGAAAAAUUCUAUAAACGAUGAAAAACCAAAAGACUCACAGCAUGAGGAAGAUGAGAAAGAACUCAAUGAUUUAAAGAAAGAAUCAACUGACUCAAUAAAAGUUAAAGAAGAAGAACCAAUUAAGAACCAUGUAUUGAAAAAAGUGAAAAUAAAAGAGGAACCAGUUGAAGAAGAAAAACAGGAUAUCAAAGAGGAAAAGGACAGUGAUGAUGAGAACAAAGAAAGUAAUGGUUGUGAUGAAAAAAUGGAUGAUGCCAUGGACGAAAAGGCUAAUGUCAGUUUGGAAAGUGUGAAAACAGAACCCAGUUCUGAUGAAAGUAUGAUCAAAGAAGAAAGUGACACUGAUAAAAGUAACACAGAGAAUGCCAGUAUAAAACGCAAACGGGAACCGGAGCAGGAAGAUGAAGCUUACCAAAAAGAUGAGCCUCCACUUCGUCUCAUCUCUGACAUGCAGGAGGAACUGGGAAGAAGAUGUGUAUGUAUAUCCAACAUUUUCAGAAGCUUGUCUUCAAUUCCAUCAAACCAUUUAGAACUUUCCAAACAUCCAGGACUGAUGUAUACACUAGGAAAAUUACUUAUGUUGAAUCACCGACACCUACCUCGAAAUACAACUCGUAAAAAGUUUGAUCGUGAUGACAGCGAGAUGGAAGACAUUACUGAUAGUCAUCUUCAUCAGAACGAUGAGGAGUGGUGGUGGGAAUACUUCUCAAUGCUGCGGGAAAACACACUUGUGAUAUUUGCAAAUAUUUGUGGACAUUUGGAACUAAAGUACUAUCCAGAAGAAAUCUGUAUGCCCAUUUUGGAUGGCUUAUUACACUGGGCAGUUUGUCCGUCAUCGUGUGCCACAGAUCCUCUGCCAUCUACAAGCACAUCCGUCCUCUCUCCCCAGCGAUUAGUUAUGGAGGCACUCAGCAAGUUGUGCAUUCAUGAAACAAAUGUUGACCUUCUACUGGCAACACCUCCAUUUGAUCGCAUUGUGCAGUUAUUUAGUAUUCUGACCAAAUUGUUAGCAAAUAAGAGUGAACCUGUGACUUUAGAGUUUGCUCUUGUUCUUUUAUCGUCUCUUGUACAAGGGGACACCAGCUCUGCACGAGCUGUAGCCAUGCAGCAUCCCUCCAUCUCCUUACUUAUAGACUUUCUAGAAACAGCAGAACACAAAGCAAUGACUGUGGCCAAUCACCACGGCAUCAAUGCUUUGAGGGAUAACCCAGAAAUCAUGGGAACCAGUUUGGACAUGCUCCGUCGAGCUGCAAACAUACUUCUUCAUCUGGCCUCGAUUCCAGAAAACCGCCCUUUGUUCACUCAACAUCAGCAAAGACUGCUUUCUCUUGUCAUGUCUCAGAUCCUGGAUCAGUUUGUGGCACAAAUUUUGUCUGAUGUUCUAUUUCAGUGCUUUCAAGGUGAAUUACCUAGUAGCUAGUACAUGUUUGUUAUCCAAAAUUGACUAUGAAGUUACACAAUAGGAGGAAACGUAAACGGUGAUGUUUUUGUUUUGCCUUGUAUACUCAUUGUAAAUUCAUCAUUGACCAUUUUUCCAUUCCUAAAGACUUGAUUGUAAUAUAUGUAAUAUAUAUAUAUAUAUAUUCAUGAAUGUACACAUGAGGUUUUCAAUGAAAUUCUCUUUUUCAAAACAAAUUGAAGUACUGCCCACACAUGAUUGUUCAAGAUUCAUCCUAACAUUGCAUUUCUUCAUCAUUGAAACAAUGUGAUAAAAUUUAGAGAUUUUGAAUGUUGUUUCUUCAUUUUAUUUUUGUAUUGUUCAUUUUAUAAGUGCAACUGGAAUUGUGAGUGUUAGAAACAAGCCCUUGAUUCCACAUGUUGUGUAUAAGUUUGUUGUAGUGUGGCGAGAUCAUGUUUCAAUUGGUCAACAUAUUUCUCCCAGAGAUUUGAGACAAAAAAAAAUUUGUUUAUCAAUUCAUUAUUUAUAUCUGAACUAAAGAAACGCAUUUCAGAUAGGUACAGUAAAUAAGCUGGAUUAAAUGCGUUGCGUUGUAAAUAUCAUGUCGAUUGUUUGUAGUUUGUAAUCAUCUGUAUCAUUUUUGUGCAGAGGCUUUAUACUGUACGUCAAAAGAUCCAAAUAAAUGUAAAUAUUUUAAGUAUA